CAGUACCGGGUAGUCUAUCAGUUUCACUUGGGUUGACACUCAUACAUCCUCUCUGAAACAAUUGGAAGACCAAGAUCUACAGUAUCUUUACUUUGGAGGAUACAAGUCAUUUUGGUAUGAUCUUUUGUGUAACAAUAUUUUCUUCUGGAAGGGCAGAUACAGUAUUAGGGUGUCCUAUUGUCCUACACAUACAAUUGGCAUGACGUAACCCACAUAUUCCAGCCAAUCACAAUGUUGUGAUUCAUCUUCUGUAACAACACUCGUAAACCGGAGCAUUUCUCUAGAGGCAAGAUGGCACGAAGGUGUGUUUUCCAAGCGACCCUCCUGCUCCUGAUCAUUUGGUGUGGGCUGAGUUUGGCCCAAGUCUCUAGUCCCGAGCCCACUGCAGAGGCAACGGCAACCAGCGAACCUGAGCCUACCCCUGAAGGUACCAGCGAACCUGAGCCUACCCCUGAAGGUACCAGCGAACCCUCUCCUCAUCCAGAAGUUGAACCAGAACCUGAGGGAGGAGCUGAGCCUGAACCAGAGCCUGAGGGCGAACCAACCGGACAACCCGAUGAUUCACCCUUUGCAGAACCAGUACCAGCAUGGAAUGAUGCUCUACCCAAGUACAAAUGGGCGUGGCCGUUUCACAUCUAUCUGCUUGGCGUCCUCUUUGCUCUUCUCGCUAUCUACUCAUUAGGAAGCAUCAUCAAAUUACGACAGCGACGCCUGCUCAGCUAUGGCUACUUCAUCGCCCUGAACCUGCUGAUGCUCCUCAUGGGUGUCAUCAGGGCUGUCUAUCUGCUUGUGGAUGCCUACAAUUACAAGGGUAUCUGGCCCAACGUGGUAGCGUACCUGUUCCUAGGUACAGGGUUCCCCUGCCUGACCUCGGCAUUUAGUAUUCUCUUUAUGGCCUUGCUGCAAUCGACGAAAACCCGCCUAGUACCACCAACGAUACAGAAGCCGAAGUUCCUGGCGGGGGUUAUCAUCUUUCAUUUUGCCUUUGCCUUCAUAGCUGAUGUUGUGGUAGGACUCUAUGCCUCUGCAGCAGCGUUGCUCCUGGCUUGCCAAGUGGCAUUUGUCAUAUGGGGUGUUUUUCUUACAGUCAGUUACCUGGUCAUAUUCCGCCGCCUCUACAAGUCGUCGCAAAGGAAGUUCAGGGAGAUAAGCCGGCUCAGCAUGAGGACGUCAUCCAUUGUUCUGCCUGGAGAACGUCGUGCGAUCAAACCUAGAAACAACUGGGGUAGUGCAAUAAGAAUAACUCUGGUGACAGCUCUUCUGGGUCUCCUGAUUGCGCUCCUGCAGGUAUAUGGCAUGCUGGUGGUGUAUGGACCUGUCGGUGGGCAGAAGCAGAUCCCUGACCCGUGGCCCUGGUGGGGAUACCAAUUCACGUUCCGUCUUUUGGAGUUCUUCAUGUGUGCCCUCAUGAGCUACGUUGCGACCCAGCCAUUCCGCUACACCAAGGAUGGUAAGGAGAAGCCAUGUGUGUGCCUUCCUUGCUGGAAGUCAAUCCUUGAGGCUUGUGGUAGGAGAGAGAAAGAAGAUUUGCAACAGGAUGAGGAAGUGAACUCACAGGUCUGGAGCAGUGCCUUUGAGCCAUGUCUCCCAAACAAACUUCCAAUGUACUCAGGAUUAGCCUCUCGAGAUUCACCCGCGUACUCUCAAAACAUCAACGGCAACAAUGCAACAGUGAAUAUCAACUUGGAACAAAGGGGAAGCACUGAUAAAGACUUACAGCUGGAUAAGAGCAUGCAGUUAAAGGGGAUGAAGAAAGCAAAGAGCACUGAGGCAAUUGAUUCAGAGCUGAACAACAGGACAAGAAUGCCUCAGACCGCUCCGAUCACCGGAACACCUUUCUUUGAAACAAACAGUUCACAGGUAGUGAGGAACGAGCUCCAGGCUCCCAUCCAGCGAGGGGACAAGGUGACCAACUGUCGCUCUAUGCCCAUCCAGCAGUCCAAGGACAGCGAUGAUGAUGGGAUGGGGCUAGAGAAGACUCCUAGUCAUCAUUCAAUGUCAGAUAUUACUCAGUCAAACAAACCAGCAGAUGUAUCAGUCUGCAGUAGUCCCACUGCUGAUAUCCAGCAGUCCAUGGACAGCGAUGAUGAUGGGAUGGGGCUAGAGAAGACUCCUAGUCAUCAUUCAAUGUCAGAUAUUACUCAGUCAAACAAACCAGCAGAUGUAUCAGUCUGCAGUAGUCCCACUGCUGAUAUUAGUUUGGAUGUCACAGAGGAAACACCCCUCAACCCAUUUCAAUGAACUAUUGGUCAGGUGCCAAGAUGGAAAUGCUUUGUACAGUGUAAAUAAUGCCUUUAUGGGUGUCUACGUUUGUGUAAAAUGACCCAUCUGUUGAUAUUCAUGUAUGUUAACAUCAUGGUUUAAAAAAGUUAUUUAGAUGUCCUUGCCAAUGCAUUGUACAAAUUUUGAUGAACUUCUCAUGCAGUGAAGUUGUGUGAUAUUU